AUGGCACCUGCUAAGGUGAGAAAAUUUGAUACAGGGUCUGAAUCGGAUUGGAAGGAUAACUUUGCUAAAAUGACGUUGUUGAGAAGUCCUAGUGGUCGUGACAAUCAGGAGAGUGCUAAGAAACCUUCUUUUCCCUUGGCGGACCAGCUGCAAAAACGGAAGUCACCUUUUGGCUUCUAUACUGAUUCUGAUAUGUUGGUGUGGUUGAAAGGGCUAGCAUUAGACCCUUGUGACCGGAAAGCAUCCCCAGAUUCAGCUCAACAAUUAUGGAAGCAGAGUCUUAAAGUGCGGAAACUAUUGCUUCUUGGUAAUGUCGUUUGUCCUCGGAGAAAACGAAAACUUCAUCAGUUCCUAAACAGUAGUAAGUUCGCAGGUGCUUCUGGAUUGGCUACAGAGAAAUCUUAUGUUCAUACUGUUAAGAAAAUGGGUAGAGUGCAUUCUGUCUCAUGCAUAACCAAUACAAAUGCCAACGGUGAAAUUUUCGAACCACAGCUUCUCUGUAACUCACGCAGUUCUGGAAGUUUGUUGACUUUUGAAGAUGAAGAUCAGCGUAAGCCAGGCUAUACAGAUUUGGCCAUUAUGGAUGUGGAAAAUAUUGGUCCAUAUUGCAAGGAUAAUUCUGCCUCUCCUUUAAUUGAUACAGAUGAAUCAAACAAUGGUUUGAACACAUUGAGUCCGAAAAACUUGAAUUUCUGUGAUGCAACCAAUGUGAAUCUUAAUGAUACAGCUGAAAGCUCAGACUCUUCGAGUUUAGACGAGAAUAGUUCAGAACUUGAAUGUGCAUUGAGGUCGUUGGUUUCCAGUGAUGAUUAUCUUCCAAGAUCUAUUCCUGUGAGAGAGAUCGAUGGCUCAGCUCACCAUUCAGAUCCAAUGAGGUCAAAGGAGCAAAAUUCGAAAGUUCGAGAAGCAGUGAAAAUAAUGUUUUCAGAUGGUGGUGUUCUGAGGGCUGUUGUUCCUAUUGGUCCUGGUUUUCAGGUGGAAGUCCCAGAAUGGACGGGUAAGAAUCUUUAUGGUAGUGAUGGUGAUUCGAAAGUGUCAAGGUGGUUGGGCACACAAACGUGGCCCAUAAAAGGAAAAAGUGCAGGAACCACUGUGAAAGAACUUGGUAAAGGGAGAUCCGACUCUUGUUCUUGCGUCUCUCCAGGAUCUGUUGGUUGUGUCAAACACCACAUUCAUGAAGCAAGACUCUGUUUGCAAUAUGAAAUUGGUCCUGCCUUCCGGAGUUGGAAGUUUGAUGAAAUGGGAGAAUUUGUCUCAGCUUCAUGGACUUCAAGUGAACAGCGGAGCUUUGAAUCUCUUGUCAGAAUGAAUCCACUAUCAAAUGAAGCAAGUUUUUGGAGGACUGCCUUUAAGCGUUUCCCUUCCAAGUGCCGGAAGAGCAUUUUGAAUUACUACUAUAAUGUGUUCAUCCCUAGACGUAUGAGCAUCCAGACUAGAUCCUCUCCUAAUGAAAUUGACAGUGAUGAUGACCAGACAAAGGAAGAACAGCUAAUUGGAUGUAAAUCUAGAAGGGUAGCUUAG